GCCAAUCAUUACAAGCAGCACAAGCUCGCUUCUGGCUCUUUGCAUCACCACGAUAGGGAAGGUGUUCUCAUUCCAUUUGAAAGCUUUGCCCACCACCUAUUGUUAAGGCAGAUUCAAAUCUUUCACCCUCAUUUACAAUUACCAUCUCGCAAGUUGUAAUUGUAACUAAAUCUGUACCUUAUCCCACAUUGGCAAUGUAUACUUUUAUGUUUAACGAACAGACUGGUCCGGGAGACAGGUAUCCGGUGGAUAUCAACUGCUAUGCGCCAAUUGGAGAGGAUCUCAGUUUGUGCGACCGGAAGUUGAGCGAGGAAUCAUUAAAGCUCUUCCAGAUAUCUGGAGGCGGUAUCGAUGUCUUACGACAAAACGAAGCGCUACCACAGACGCAAUGUCAGCGAAGCUAUCUCACCAGCAAAGAGAUUGAAGAACAUGGAAUCCUUGAGCACCUACGAGGGGACUCAUGGCAGCAUUUGAUCUUCGUUGUCCGGCCGACCUUUUCGUGGAGUCAGUUGUGUAUUACAGAGCUCGCAUUUCGUACUUUGCUGUCUACUUUGCGAGUCUUCACCCCCUUCCUCCAGGUAGUCCAUGCUUUUGGGACGAAAACGAACGACAAGCAACGAGCGAGAGAUUUGGCUUUCUGUCGGGUGCUAUCUUCGGCAUACGAGUUCUGCUACAAUAUUCGCUACUUCGAGUUAAACAAACGAGGACGGGGCAAUCCAUGGUCGCUCCGACAAACCGGCGUCUAUCAAAAGUGCCUGGCUAAUAGGCAAUCCGCAUGGCUUCUCCUUGACUCUUCGAACUAUAUUGCAGACCGCAUAUUAGCAGCAUUUGGGCAACAAAACAGGUGGAUCCAUGAAUCCUGCAAAGUUUCACAGCUGUUGCCUCACCUUUUCAUCUUUUCGGCUGCGACUAGGAACUGGGAUCUAUACAUCGAGAAUCUGCGUCAAAAAUCCAUGAUAUUUGAUGAGAAAGCAUAUUCAUCCCGUUUUAACGAAACCUACUUAGAUGAUUACAAACUUUUAUUCUCCGACGUCCAGGAAAUAAUCUCACUAAAUGAGACGAUUACGUUAGCACUCACUGUUAUAAAAGGGCAAAGACGUGCGUUUUCGGAGUACAGCAACCUACACGCGAGGUCGAAUAAGAGAAAGUCAGGGUGUCACAAUUGUGACAUCGUGAGUACACUGGAGAUGCUGAAGGCUAAGCUCCAACAUCACCACGAAGCUAUGACGAUUUUGGAACGGGCGACUUCGAGGACCACAAUUUUGCUUUCUGCUAUACUGCAAACCCGGGCGAACGACCAUCUGCGAGCUACCAUGGCUACCAUUCGGACGGACACCACAAAAAUCCAAGGGCAGCUCGGUCAGACAUGUCUAGAUAUGAGCCAUUUGCUGCAAGUUAGUAAGCAGGGACAUCAAGAUGCUACCAAAAUCAAAAUACUCGGCCAGGUUGCAACUCUAUUUCUUCCAGCAUCUCUCAUAGCUUCUCUUUUCAGUUCUACUAUGUUCAGUGAUUCCAAUAACAGCAUUUCGUAUAUAGCCUUGUACUUUGAAAUCACUCUCCCGCUCGUAUUAGCCACUCUUUUUCUCCUCAUUCUCCUCGAGAAGGGCUUGCCUAAGGGUACGCAAGUGCUACCCUUCUUCCGGGAUCUCAUCAAAUAACUUCUACCAGGUACAGGCCAUGAAAACUGGAGCUAUCUGGCGGGGAAUAACAGCAGCACUAUUAGUACUAUAUUGUCCGAAAGAGGAAGGAUUGUUCGAAUCUCUGGUUUUAUAUUGUUGGAUUCACCAGGGUACCGGUACUGGACUCAACAGGGCGUGGCUGCACGCCGAAAACUGGUGGUUCAAGUGAUGGAUUGUAG